CUCACAGCCCCUUCAGAGGGAAGCAUCCUGGAGCAGAGAGACAGCCCCAAACAGAGCAGAGGUGUCUCUGAGUGAGGAGGACAGAGACAGCAAAGAGAAUGACAGGUGUCUGUAUCACGGUCAGCUGUGUCAUGUUAUUCUCACACUGCUUUGUGGCGGACUGUUUGUACAGCAAAUACACUGACAGACAACAUUUAUAUUUAAAUAUUUUGAUUACAAUUUUGCUAGGGACAAUUCAGUAGUAGCUGUGAGCAGUGCGCUCUCUCUCUCUCUCUCUCUACAUACAGGCCUGCUGAGUAUAGGUACGGUACUUCAAACAAAAUAUAGCAAUAUUAUUGCGAGUAGCCUCCGUUCUUUGAAGGCCUGUAAUACAGCCUGGGUCAUAAAGAUUAAAAAUAUUUUUGUUGUUGCUGUUGAGUUACAUUUGAGGCUAAAACCCCGGAAAAAUGACCUGGCCAAGGCAUUGAGUGAGAUAUUAUGGCUUUUUCUGGCUUUUCCUGUUGAUGUAGAUAUGUAUCCUCUGUUUUUGUGUGUUCAUAAUUUUAUGAAUAUACUCCUGCACCUAAUAACCUCUGAGGAUUUCCUGCUGUAAAUGGUAAUUGCACCUAUGUCUUGCCAAGCCCGCUUCAUGCCCCAAGCAGACUAAAUGGAAGGAUUGUGACAGACAGAAACUCUCGUAUACAGCAGGAGAGCUUUAAAAUAGGCUACUGCAGACAGUUAGUGGUUCCUGGCGCUGGGCUAAGGUGUUUCACUCUUACUGCUAUAAUAACCUAGAUCAAAAUGGGAUCAUUAAGAAGUUUUCCUGUUUGGAAACAUUUGUGGAAUGUGUGAACAGACGAAGUUGACAUUUAAGUUUGAGUUUAAAUCAAGCAUACAGACCCUGACAGAUUUGGCUUCAGCACAGUACACUGGCAGAACAUUUAAUUCACAGGCUAAAGUAAGUACCUCAGCUCACAGGAAGAUAUAGAAUAUCAACUAGUAGUUUUGUCUGAAACUUACAUAAACACAGACCCAGUCAAUUACCCUACCAUAAAUAAAAAGUUUAUAACUCAAAAAAACAGAUAAAUAAAUAAAGCUUUAUUUUUGGUCCUGCCUCAUAGGUUUAGCCCUCCUUUGUUCAACUUUGACGCCAUUUGUGUGACAUGGAGCCAGACAGGGACCUAAACCCCGACACAGAUGACCUUCCACUCCGAGCCAAUACUAACCACAUACUUGUCAGACAUUAUGUGCUGGAUAUGACUGUUCAUUUUGACAGGAAGGUCAUCAGUGGUAGUGUUGUUCUGUUCCUGGAGCCUUGCUCUGGAGUUGGGACUAAGGCUGAAGAUGACACUGGACCUGGACCUGGGACUAUAGAGGCUGGAGGGAGUCAGGAUGGACUUGGGAAUUCUACGGAGAAGAUGUUUGGUGCUAAAGAAGGAGACCGAGCUGAAUUUAAGGCUCUGUCUGAGGUUGCGUCGCAGAAUGCAGGUGACACUGAAAAUAGUCAAUCCUCACAUUCAUGGGAAACCACCAGUGACGGUGAUUUCACGUUAGUGCUGGACUGCUGUGACCUCGAUGUGUCAAAGGUCGAAGAGGUGGAUGUCACCUCUGUGUCCAGACUCCUACCAGAGGUCGCAUCUGAGAGGUCAGGGGUCAGUUCAGUUAACCCACAAGCAGCCUUUAUUCAGAACCUUAUCUCCCUGCCCUCACGCCAAUGGAGGCAGAAGCACAAGCUGUUUUUACAGUGCAGCCGUGCCCCUGGUGCUCAGGAUGGCAGCUCACUGCAUUUUCAUAGAGACCGCUGGAGUCUGCAGGUGAGGAAGAAGGGGAUCGUAUCACCUCAGGAGUUCCCUCAUGCUCUCAGGAUCUGCUAUGAGACGAGGCCAACAGGAGGCUCUGUGAAGUGGACCAAAGACCAGGACAACAGGGUGUGUGUUUACACUGCCGGUUCUCCCAUCAACAACCGAGCCCUCUUCCCCUGCCAGGAGCCGCCUGUUGCCAUGUCAACAUGGCAGGCAACAGUACGGGCCCCCAGUGAGUGUGUGGUUUUGAUGAGUGGGGAGGAGCAGACUGUACCUAUUGAGGACGGGGACACACGUUUCUUAAUCUGGAAUUACUAUGUCACUAUGCCCAUGCCCGCCUCCACCUUCACCUUGGCAGUGGGCCACUGGCAACAAGUCACAGCAGAAAUUCCCCCAGCACUGGAAAAAGGGGUGAGGACGGAUUGCGGCAAGAGGGCCAAAGUCAGGGCUGGACCUGGGAAAUGGGCUGAGACUGAGCUUGUGUCUGGACUUGGAAGCUCUGCCAGUGACGAAGUAAAGGGCUCUCCACACCAGACUGGCAGCGGAGACCAGACCACCCGCUUAGACUCUGCAUUCUGUUACUCUUCCCUUGAGGAUGAGGGGCUUUCUGUAACUGAUUAUUCAGGCAUGGUGGAUGACGGCAUCUCUUGUUCCCAUGGCGACUACCCUUGCCGAUUUACUGAGCGGUCGGCUGGGUCCCAGCGGGUGAUUCCACACCGUGUGUUUGGCCCCGUCUGCUUGCUGCCAAAGGCCCAGACAGGAGUCCUCAACCUGUUACCUCGAUGUUUGGCUGCAGCCCACGCCGUUCUGGGGGUUCACCCCUUUCCCCGCCUGGACGUUCUCAUCGUCCCAGCAGGGUUCUCCAGUCUGGGCAUGGCCAGCCCGCAUAUCAUUUUCCUGUCCCAGAGUGUGUUGUAUGCUGGGAGUCCUGGUUCUGGCGAGAACGGCCUGUCUCUGUGUGGCUCCAGGAUGUGCCAUGAGAUCGCCCACUCCUGGUUUGGCCUGGUUAUCGGAGCCAGAGACUGGACUGAGGAAUGGAUCAGCGAGGGCUUUGCCACGUACCUGGAGGACAUUAUCUGGGCCCAAGCACAACAACUCUCCUUACAAGAGACAGCAGGACAGUCUGACCUGAAGGCACUGCUCAGGUGGAGACGACUCUCAGAUGAGUUGCAGAACUCAGAAGAGGCACUUCAGAUCCUCAGACCUAACAUGGAGAACACUGGUCAGGCCAGUGAGUCUGGCUCCUCCACAGUUAAACAUGCACUCAACCCUGACAAAGCCUUCAUGCAAGUCCACUACCUCAAGGGUUACUUCCUCCUCAGGUUCUUGGCUAGUCAAGUGGGAGAGCAAAAAUUCAUUGACUUCUUCAGAUUAUUUGUGAAGAAAUACCAUGGGCAGCUCGUUUUGUCUCAGGAUUUCCUCAGAAUGCUGCUGACAACCUUUCCCGACAUGGAGAGAAAAGGCCUCACCCUCAGUGCUAUUUAUGCUGACUGGCUCGAUCAACCGGGAAUUCCAAAGUGGCUGUAUGAAAGGAGCACCGUGUGGUCACAGGCGAGGCUGGUGGAAGAAGUCAAAGCAGAGCUCACUCAAAACCUGCCACUUUGUUGUCUCUCUCUACCUCUACCCUCUCUUCUUUUUCCCGCCUUCACCACCUCACCUCCCACACCCCCAUCCUCCCUCCUGCAGGUUUUAAAAUGGAUUCUCCUCAGUCAGAGUCAUAUGGGGAAAGGCAGAAAGCGGAAGAGAAUAGAGCCCAAGGUGAACUACACAGAGGUGACGUCAGAGCAGCUAGUGAUGCUUCUGGAGCUUCUGCUCGAGGAAGAGGAGCUGAGCGCGGCAACACUGCAUGCUCUGCAGAAAACUUACAACCUGCAGAGUCAAGACGCUGAGGUCCGACAUCGCUGGUGUGAGCUGGUGGUCAAACAUGCGUACACUCAGGCUUACGGAGACGUGGAACACUUUCUGGUUCAUGACCAAGCGAUGGGUGUGUAUCUGUACGGGGAGCUGAUGGUCCAGGAGGACCCUGAGCAGCAGACUCUGGCCAGUCGCUGCCUCUCAUUGGUCCAGGAAGAAAUGGACCAAUCAGCACGCAGAGUGGUGGAGGAGAUGGUCCUGUGACACUGGAGGUUGCUGACUACAAGCGGAGAUGACAGGAGUCUGGCAUGAGGGUCCAGCACUUACCUCCUCUUCCUCUGUACGAGAGGGGACCCUGCAGAAUCGCUCACCAGAAGGCAGUGCUCUUAUUCUACAGCCAAGGACAACUGGCAAGGUUUAGAGCGCAGCAGUACUGUUCAUUCAAGUCUGAAGAAAUGGCUUGUGUGUGUGAACCAGUAACGAUACAAACUGUUCCUAGUGGGAAAACAAUGUUGUUGACAACAUUAUUGCUGUAGUAAGAGAAGAAUUACAUCAUUUCACCUGUUUUCAGAUAGCCGGCUGAUGGGAAAAGAGAGAUUUCUGCACCUCCAUCCAUGUUGAAGAGCCCGAGCUUGUGUGCGCGCGCGCGCGUGUGUGUGUCCACGUCUGUGUGUGUGUGUGUGUGUCCACGUCUGUUUAGUCUAAAGCCAUGAUCUGCUUCUCCAGAGUUUAGACUGGAAAUAGUCUCAGGCAAAUCAUGUUUUUCUACAUAAAAAAUGACUUCACUCUGGUCUGUAACAACACUGGAAAAUGUACAACCAGGGCAUUUCUACAUGUGUAAAUUAUGGUUUUACAACUGCUGUGUGAAAAAAUAAUGGUUAACAUUUUUUUUCUGAGCAAUUUUAAGUGUGUUGUCAAAAUAAAAUCUCUUCUAAAAAUAAA